AAGAAAACGGGAAAAGGGAAUGAUAAGGAAAAUAGAAAACGGAAAACGGGGUGGAAAACAGAAAACUGGCCCCCAUCCUCCCCGCCGUAAGUCCGGGGAAGCAGGCAGUUUGCUCCAAAGCUCCAGCUUUGGAGGCUCCGCUGCUAUGAGAAUGGAGCUCUGAUGGACCUUCCUCUCCUCUCCUCUCCUCGAGCUCUCAUCCUUCAUUACUUCGAUUCACGAGAUAGAGAUAAAGAGAUGCUUCUGGCCUUAGCAGUCCCAAGCUUCAUCUCCUCGACCACGGCUCACUCUGGUCAUCUCUACUUGAUCAACCCACGACCGCGACCACCACACCCUCGGAGGGUAUCGGCGAAAUCUAACCCGACGUUCGUCCCAGCCGCGCAUCAGAGCAGGAGGAAAUGUGAGUGCUUCGAUCUGCACAACGAGCUCGUUCCCUACGGGGAGGCAUGGGCGUGGCAGAAGGACAUAGUCAGGAAGAAGAAGGCCCUGAUUGAGAACGACCAGGAUUGCCCGGACACUCUGAUAGCGCUGCAGCACCACCCCGUGUACACAUUGGGGACGCGGAGCUCGGAGGAGUUCCUCCGUUUCGACCCGAAGGCUGCUCCUUGCGAUGUUUAUCGGACCGAACGAGGGGGAGAGGUCACAUACCACGGGCCCGGUCAGCUUGUUAUGUACCCUAUUAUCAAUCUCCGAAAUCACAAGAUGGAUCUGCAUUGGUACCUCAGGUCACUUGAGGACGUGGUCAUUCGCACUCUUCUCUCGACAUUCUCCAUCAGGGCUUCUCGGCUCCAGGGUUUCACUGGUGUCUGGGUUGGAGAUCAGAAAUUGGCAGCAAUUGGGAUCCGCGUAUCUAGUUGGAUAACUUAUCAUGGUUUGGCUCUGAACGUCACCACAGAUCUGACUCCCUUUCAGCGGAUUGUUCCGUGUGGGAUACAAGACCGAGGAGUUGGAAGCUUAAAGGGCCUUCUGAAGGAGAAUUCACAAUCUGAGCAAAGGGGGGCACCUUCAGAUGAUGGUGAACUGAUUCAUAUUACCUAUAAUUCUCUGAUUAGAGAAUUUUCAGAAGUUUUUCAGCUCGAAGUUUGUCAGAGAUCCGCCUCCUCAUCAAGCAUGUUAAAGAAAGAAGCACAACUCAGUUAACUAGGGAAAGCGUUGCUCUGUAUUAAUUUUAUGGGAUAUUCUGGUAAACCUCUUCGGUGCUGAAUAGGGGUGAGUUCUGCCACAUAUUGGUUUGUAGUCUAAUACACACAUGUACCAAUCCAAUUUUGAGCCCAGUAAUAUAUCAGCCCUGUAUUACUAUA